UUUUUUCUGUGCUUGAAAUAAAUAAUUUGUGCGAAAUUGGAAUUACUCAUAGUUGAUAAAUAUUGUGGGCAUAUAGUCUUAGUAACUGGCCCUUCAAAAACCAGAGUGAAGAAGAAGAUAAAUAUUGCUGCUAUAUAAAAUUUCUAUUCUGUGAAACUUGCCUGCAGGACAUAGAUUCACUAGAACUAAAGGUACUGUAUGUACAGACCACAUGGGGGAUGUACGCAAUAAAACUUUAAAAUGCGGAGUAAAACCCACGGUGGCUACAGAGAAAUUACCCAGUGAAACAUCCACAUCUUCGGUAGUGAAGGUCAACUUAGCCGAUGUCUCAAAACAACUACUUUACGACAAACCGAAAAUAGACUACUCGUGUAUACGUGGCAAAAAUGUUUUAGUUGAUCCAACAACAGAGCAGUCUGAAGCUUUGAAAAAUAAGCUAAAAGAAAGAAUUGCAGAUAAUCGUGGAGAGACUAUUUAUGAAAUCGGGGUAGGAGAAGAUGGCAGCGAGAGUGGACUGAGUCCAGAUGAGUAUGAAUCGUCUGUGGUUUCACUGACUACUUUGGCAGGAAUAUUAAAUGCAGAAUGUGUUGAAUUACGUCGACGAAAGGGUGAACGAGGUACAACUGGGCUUUACUUGGUGCGUUCAAAAGUUGAUGAUAAUGAUUUCACGGAGAUUCGCGUGGCGGUUGUAGGAAACGUAGAUGCUGGUAAAUCUACCCUUCUAGGAGUGUUGACACACGGUGAGCUGGAUAAUGGACGAGGAUUUGCCAGACAGCGAUUAUUUAGACACAAACACGAAAUUGAAAGCGGUCGAACGAGUUCAGUUGGAAAUGACAUUCUUGGGUUCGACAGUGUUGGUAACGUUGUUAACAAACCGGAUCAUGGCACUUUAGAUUGGGUGAAAAUUUGUGAGAAAUCUGCAAAAGUAAUAACGUUCAUUGAUUUGGCUGGACACGAGCGCUAUCUCAAAACAACUGUUUUUGGGAUGACAGGACAUGCACCCGACUUUGGUAUGCUUAUGAUCGGUGCUAAUUCCGGCAUAGUCGGCAUGACUAAGGAACAUUUAGGUUUAGCUUUGGCUCUUUCAGUGCCAGUAUUUGUAGUUGUAACCAAAAUUGAUAUGUGUCCACCGAAUGUACUACAAGAAAACUUAAAAAUGCUGUAUAAAAUCCUUAAAUCACAAGGGUGCCGUAAAGUACCAGUUAUGGUAAAAACAACAGAUGAUGUUGUAUUAAGUGCUACGAAUUUUGUUUCUGAACGUUUAUGUCCAAUAUUUCAAGUAUCCAACGUGACUGGUGAAAACUUAAGCCUGUUAAAUAUGUUCCUUAAUCUCUUAACAAUUCAAACUACUGGAAAUGAUAGUCUACCAACCGAAUUUCAAAUUGAUGAUACAUAUGCAGUACCGGGAGUUGGCACUGUUGUUUCCGGCAUUACUCUGCAGGGCGUUGUACAUCUAAAUGACGUUUUAUUAUUAGGACCCACUCCACUGGGAGAUUUCCAACCCAUCACUAUAAAAAGUAUUCACCGAAAAAGAAUGAUUGUUCGUGAAGUUCGUAGUGGUCAAACCGCCAGUUUUGCACUAAAAAAGAUAAAGCGAUCACAAAUACGGAAAGGAAUGGUGUUGGUCAGCCCUGAGUUGAAUCCGCAGGCUUGCUGGGAGUUUGACUGCGAAAUUCUGGUGCUACAUCAUCCUACAACUAUUUCCAGUAAAUAUGGUCGUUGGUCAGCCAUGGUACACUGUGGAAGCAUUCGUCAGACAGCACAAAUUCUGCAAAUGUCGAAGGAAUGUCUACGAACUGGUGAUAAAGCUAUCGUGCGUUUUCGUUUCAUUAAAAACCCAGAAUAUAUGAAACCUGGUCAGCGCAUGGUGUUUCGCGAAGGCAGAACAAAAGCAGUAGGGAAUGUGAUAACCCCGCUUUACACUCCGGGGUCUGUUCAACAGCGUAUGAAGCCAAAUAAAAUGCAAGGUCGUGGAACAGCAGUGGCUCAGCAGCCUAUCACACCGAAACCAUUAUCCAAAAGUACAAAUGAGACAGCUUUGGAAACGCAGUCGUCACUACCUAGUGGAUCAAUUUUGCUGGAUAUUGGAACCGAUAAACGAAAUCAUCGACCAAAUAACACAUUUAAAAAAAAUCGUGGGGGAGCGUCGAUCAAUGCGGCACAAACGGGGACUAACAAAGAUUCCUCCAAUAUAACUAGCCAACAAAACUCGUUCUCACAUGAAGGAAUUUUUGUUACCUCAAAUUAGUGUAAUUCGUCUGAUCUUCAAAAUUGACACAGAACUCAAUUUUGCUUAUUACCUGGACAACUACUAAAACAUUACAUUAUUUUUCUCAUUUUAAAUUUCAGUCAAAGUUUCGGCUAGAAAUAAUUUCAAAAAGAUUAGUUUUUGUUUCAAUCAUUGAAUGUAUAACCUCAAAUACUGAGUUUUAUUAUAUCGUGAGGUGCCCUAAUUCCGAGACUUUGGUCUAAAAGUCGCAGUUUCCUAGCGGAACAUGUAAAUUUAAAAACAAAAUGUUUGAAUAUAUACCCUUCUAAGCUUUUAAAUAUGGUUGAUGAAAAUGCGUAUGUUUUAUUGAGAGAUUGCUAACUUUGACUUUGAGGUGCACGGAAUUAGGCGUCCAAAAUAAACCGCACGGAACUAGGGCACUUUACGGUACACAUAUUUUAAAACAUCUCAACAUACUUCAAACCCAUUUUCUCAUAACAUCGCUAUAUAAUUAUAA